AUGACACAACACCCAACCCUCAAAGCGACCUACGCCUCUAGGGCUCAGGCGGCCACUCAUCCCCUCAAUGCCUACCUAUUCAAGCUCAUGGAUCUAAAGGCGUCCAACCUAUGUUUGAGUGCGGAUGUCACCACCGCCAGAGAGCUGAUCUACGUCGCGGACAAGCUUGGCCCAUCCAUUGUACUUCUCAAGACACACUAUGACAUGGUCUCUGGGUGGGAUUUCCACCCUCAAACUGGCACAGGGGCGAAAUUGGCUGCAUUGGCUCGUCGCCAUGGCUUCUUGAUCUUUGAGGACCGCAAGUUUGGUGAUAUUGGCAAUACUGUGGAAAUGCAGUACAUUGGUGGCUCGGCUCGAAUUAUUGAGUGGGCGCAUAUCGUCAACGUGAACAUGGUACCCGGAAAGGCCUCAGUAGCUUCAUUAGCAAACGCUGCCACUCGGUGGUUCGAGCGAUAUCCUUACGAGGUAAAGACGUCGGUUUCCGUCGGUACUCCUACUGCCGAGGAAUUUGAGGACCACGAUACAGGCUCCGGCAGCUGCGACGAUGCGAGUGCCAGCGCGCUCAAACGGACAGAUGACGGGCGCAAGGGGAGCAUCGUCUCUGUGACGACAGUUACGCAACAGUAUGAACCCGUGAACUCGCCACGGCUGACCAAGAACAUGGCUGGUGACGACGAGUUCCUUUUUGCCGGUAUCGAAGAAGCGCCCAUGACCCGAGGCCUACUUAUUCUGGCACAAAUGUCUUCGGCAGGCAACUUCAUGAACAAGGAGUACACUCAGGCGUGCGUGGAGGCUGCCAGAGAACACAGCGACUUCGUCAUGGGAUUUGUUUCACAAGAAACUCUCAACACUCAACCAAACGACCAGUUUAUCCACAUGACGCCUGGCUGUCAGCUGCCGCCCCAGGACGAAGAUCAGAACGGAUCGGUCCAAGGCGACGGCAAAGGCCAGCAAUACAAUACACCUCAAAAAAUUAUUGGUAUUGCCGGAGCAGAUAUCGUUAUUGUCGGCCGCGGCAUCCUCAAGGCAAGCGACCCCGAAGGCGAGGCAGAACGAUACCGCUCGGCAGCGUGGAAGGCAUACACGGAGAGAGUUCGCUAA